AUUCUACCUUAGGUUUCUUUGAAAGUUGUGUGGUUUAAAACCUUGAAUCAAGACUGAUCAACAGGUCCGAUUAGACGACUCUGGGUCUGAGGGGACUUUACACAGUAGUUAAAUUAAAUGCAUGAAGACAAUGACAUUAACCUUUCUGUUUUAGACUUUUAAUGGCGAUUUGGUGGAUUUUUUUAGCAUGAUAUUACUAUAAAAAGGUCAUCUCGGUAAUUGUACAUGGAAGCAAAAGAUGCCCACAUCACCCGCCAAGGCCUUUCCUUUUUUAUAUUUCAUGGGUCUCUCUCUGACAGCACUCUGCCAUGAAAAAGGUCUGUAAACCCCAUAAUCAAUUUAUCUUAAGCCCUUUCUCCACUUUCUGCUUUCUCUAAUCUCUCGCAUUCUGCUAUAAAAUCUCUUGGCCUUUAUUGGGUUUUGAAUUUCUAGCUCAAAAAAAGAUCUUUUCAUUGAGUUUCAGUCUCAUAAUUCUUGGUUGUUUUCUUUAUGGAAGGAAAUGAAAUCUCAUGGGAAUUGAAUUCUGUUCCAGCUUUAGUUCGUGUGGAGAUCAUGAGUUUCAUUUCCUCUGAAAUGAUUUCCAAUCUCUCAUCUGAUCCUCUGUUCUCUUGCAUUAUCACUCUGUACACUCUAAUUCUACUCUAUUUUCCUCACGCUCUGAAAAUCUGUGUUUCCCUGAUUCUGAUUGUCACUGCUCUUCUUAUUCUCUUUCUUCUCCGCCUAGGAGCCAUUCAGAGUCGAGAGCCUGAGAAAAAUGAGAAGAAAGACUGCAUUGAAAGCGAAGAAAACAGGGAUGGAAAUUUCCAUGAAGAAGAAAAGUCUGGUGUUUUAGCCAAAGUAGACAAAUGGGUCGUAUUCCAAGAUGAAACAUUUUGUGAUCCGAAUUCAAGAUCGGAUUUUGAAGUUUCAUUUGUUGAAUGGAACGUGAGGGCGCCAUUGGAGGUCAUACAUGAAGCUUACGAAGGAGAAGAGGAAGACGAAGAUGACAAUGAGAAUAAUCAGGAUUCUGAUCCUACCAGGAGUGCAGCUUUACAGAGGUAUCCAUCUUUGUCAAUGUACUAUCCUGAUACCGACUCCGACACCUCUUCUGACGGAGAUUUUUCGUUGAACGGAGUAUGGGAUUCGCCGGAGAGCGUUUGCUUUAGAUGGGAAGAGGAAGAUAGAGCAGGCUUGUUGAUAGAGAUAGCUCUUGAGAGCAAUAGCAAUGACAAGAAACUUUCGGGUUUGGGUUCGGGUUUUCAGGUUGAAGAAGACAAUUUAAUAGAGAUUGAUUUAUCUCCGCACAAAAACGAAGCGUUUUAUAGUGAGAUGAAAUUAGACGAGGAAAAAAUGCUUAUGUUGAUUAAUUAAAGGUGAUUAGUGAGGGAUUAUCUGUUUCGGGUUUCGGGUUUCGGAUUUCGGAUCCUUUCUUGAAUUUUGGAUAUUUUAUCAGUUGCAUUUUCUAUUACAAUGAGAGAAAUGCUAGCUGCACUACGAC